AUGGACAAGCUCAUUCUUCACGAGGAGCCUAUUUCGGGCAAUUGUUACAAGAUCCGCUUGGCUGCGGCCUUGUUGGGCAUUCCCCUCGAGCGUCGCAUCUACUCGAUCCUUAAAGGUGAAACGAGAACAACAGAAUUCCUGCAGACCGUCUCUUCCUUUGGCAGAGUCCCCGUGCUUCAGAUCGGCGACGCCACGUUUCUCCCUGAAAGCAAUGCGGCCUGCUUCUAUCUUGCUGAAACGGCGACGGCAGCAUCCUCCACGCCACCCCCAUCGAUCGCUCUCAUCCCUCAGAGCGCGAUGCGGCGAGCUGAGAUGCUGCGUUGGAUGUUUUUUGAACAGAAUCAACAUGAAGUCAACAUCGCAACUCUACGGUUUUGGACACACGUUGUUGGGGAGAAGAACCUGGAUCCAUCUCGACGCGCACAAAUCGAGGGUAAAAUCAAGGCGGGGGAACAGGCAUUGGAUUGUAUGGAAGAGCAUCUUGCAAAGAGUGAAUGUGGUUGGUUCGUGGGUGACAGUAUCACCCUAGCUGAUAUCUGCCUCUUUGCUUACACUCAUAUUGCUCAUGAUGCUGGAUUCGACCUCGCGAGAUGGCCAUCAAUCCUCAAGUGGUGCGACCGGGUCAAGCAAGUCCAGGGGUAUGUUGCUAUGGACUAG